CGAGCUCAGCCACACUGACGGCAGUGGCUGAAAUUCGAAGCGCAGCAAAUACACACGGCGACGCAAGAAGGGCCAAAAUAAACAGCAACAGCAACAGGGGCAGUCGACAGAACGGAUUUAUUAAAUGCACAUGCAUAUUUAUUUAUAAACUUGUUAGCGUACGCAAACGUGUUACAAAUGCGCCGCAGUCGGAACGCCGCCGCAUCUUCUCGUCUGUGUUAAGUGUGCCCAAGUGCAAUUAUCGAGCGCAGCCGCCUGCCGCCUCCUUCGUUUGUUGUUGUUGUCGCUGCUGCUGUUAUUGCUGUUGUUAUUUGUAUUUGUUGUUUUUGGGUGCUAAUAUUUUGUUUGUGUGUGUGUGACUGUGGCAGUGGAAAUUCUAUUCAAUUCUGUUGCGGAAAUUAAGUCGCGUAUCGUUGUGUCUCUUUGCCUAUGUGCGUGUGUGUGUGAAAGAAAAAGGUGAAACAAAAAAAGGCGCAGUUGCGGCUGCCGCCGCAGCCGCAGAGCCGCGCAGUGUAGCAUUCGUAUGCAAGAAUUGUCGCUGUCGUCAUUAUUGUUGAGCGUCGGCGUUGACGUCGCCGCGUCCGGUUUAAAUUCAAUCAAGCGGCAAGCGAAAUAAAGCAAACGAUAAAUUAAAUAAAACAUUGCCAACGUCGCAUUGUUGUUGUUCGACUGCUUCUUCAUACUCUACUGCUGCUGUUGUUAUUGCCUUUUGAACGAAGCUUUUUACCGCCCAACUACCUCGCCCGCUAGCGCGCCGUUAGCUUAACGAAACUCGUGCGAGUGCAUUCAACUCACGCACGCACUGAACACAAGUAACAUUAACAACAAUAACAACAGCAGUCAAAAUGCUGCAGUGGCUAUUGUGAAUUAGCAUACAGAACUGAACGAAACUUUUGUUAAGCUUAAGCCGACUGCGCCACCACAGCCGCCGCCGCCAACCGCAAUGCUUGCUAACGUGCCGUCAACGUCGAGUGCUGUCACUGCCUCUACCGCUGCCUCCGCCACAGCCGCUGUCACAGCAGAUAACUGUGAUGAGCGCACACGUCUACUGGGCAGCACAUCGACGCCAACGCCGCCGCCGCUGCCGCCGUCGCCGCCAAAAACGUUGACGUUGCCGCUGAUCCAUGCAGCGACGCAUCCGUCCCGCAACAGCAGCAGCAACAACAACAAUCACAGUGGCAGCAAUAGUAAUAACAACGACAACGAAAUGGAGGCCAGCAAUAAUAAUUACAAUAACAACGACAACAAUCGCAGCGACGUGGACGAUCUGUCCGAGGAGACGGCCACAACGGCCGGUGCGGCCGACUCGAGCGAUCAAAGUGAUAAAUUCAACCGCCCGCCCACCCACAAUCAGAAAAAGCCCAAACUCAGCAAACUUGGCACUAAAAGCGUUGGACUCAAACGCGUGUCGUUUGGCUCUUCGAAAGGAUCCAUGGUAGAGACUUUGGUGUUUGAGACGCCAACGCCUCUCUCUGAGCACGUGGAGCCGAGCUUUGGUUUCGAUGCGGUCGAUGCCGCUGCUGCUGCUGCUGCCGGCGCCGCUGCUGGUCAGCCGCUGCUGGCAGCAACUACAACAGCAGCAGCAGCGACGCAUUUACCGCUAGUCGGCAACAAUUACGCCACUUACGGUGACUAUGCAAAACUGAAUAUGGACGACAGUGGCAUCGAGGUGCAGGAAGAAUCGGAGCGCUCGAUAGUGCGCGUUUCAAUUUACCAAAGCAGUCAACCGCAACAGAUUUGUCCGCCAGCCGAAUAUACAUUAACGAGUUUUUCAGAUAAUUUAGAUAAUACGUUUAGUAGCUACAAUUGUAACAUAGACUUCACGCAAAUAGCGGCGGCAACGAUGCAGCCAACCGUUGGCCUGGGACCAGCCUAUGAUAGACAGCAGAGCACUGAUUCUGGCUGGGAUAAUCCGUUUCGUCCCGGCGGCGAUUUGUCCAGAGAGGCUGAUGAAAUCGUGAGCAUGAUACGUGGCGGCAAGCCCAUCACUCCCACAGAGGAUCGUACAAUUGGCAACGGCAACGCACAGCAUGGCGAUGAUAACUGUAAUGGCGCUACUGCAAUAGGCGAGACAGUUACCAAAACAAAUCUCUCGCAGAAUCAAGCGACAGCACAAAACGGUACAAAUUCCCACGGCAGCAAGGUGGUCAACUCGACAGGAGUAGGUGGAGCAGGUGGCAAUGGGGUGGCAAGCGGAACGGCAGUUGGCAAAGCAGAGAGCAAUAACGGCGUCACUUCACUGGCUCAAGUCUCAAAGCAGGUGGUGCCGGGACCAACUUCGGCUAGUCACGUGGUCAUCGACGAGAAGAAGAACAAGAAAAAGGGCUGCUGUGUGGUGCAAUAAUCAACGAGAAACGAGGAACAGCAAACAGCGAGCGAAAGCAGAAGUGAAACAGUAACAGAAACACACACACACAGACAGACACACAAACACACACAGAGACGACACGCCAGAGAGAGACAGAAAGAGAGAGUAGGAGCCCAGCUUGGACAUAUGGGCAUAUGGGGGAUACUAGGGAUACUGUAUGGGGCGUAUCAUAUUUAAUGUUAAUGUUAAAUGCUAAUUUUUUGAAGGGGGAAAAGUGAAGAAACCGAAGCUGUUGAUAUUUUGAAUGCUGCUGCAUUGAGAGAUUUGCUUUGCUUCUACAAAACACACACAAAACAAACAGGCAAAAGCGAAAGAAAAUAAAAGUAUAUAAAAUAAUAAGACAACAGUAAACGAAACACACACACAAAAUCGAAACGAGACGUCAGCUCUCUUAACAGAACAGAACCAAGAACAGAAUAAUGUAAAUGGCAAUGCUAACAGUUGCAGCAACGCUAGCCACAACUGUUAGCAGUUAUUGCCGUCUCACUCAUACACACUCAAUGCCCGCUAUAGCUGUCGCUGUCUAAGCCACGUGCAGUUGCAGCUUAAAUUUAAUUUAAAAACAAAUGAAACAACUAUGAUGAUAUAUACUUAUAAUACA